GCAACGCGCGCGCAAUCAGCAUUAAACGGAAACCAAAAAGUAACGUAAAUCAAAAAAAAGCAGCCUCGUUUAAAAAUGGAGUGAAUAAUGGCAAUUUAGUUUGUUUUUGAAGCAAUAUUAAAACCAUUUGUAAUUCUUCUAGUGAUGUCUUUAGGUGUGUGUGUGUGUGUGUGCGUUUCAGUGUUUAAGUGUUCGGUUUGUGUGUGAACAUAAAUCAGAAAUUUAAUCAAUCUCUCUGGUGUGGACUCUUUUUUGUGUGUGUGCCGCUCUACUUUCAGGGUGAUUAAGUAUACGUCAGACCUCACCCUUCCUGUCUCUAUGUCAUCAAGUUUGGGUUGAACUGCUGAGCGGAAACCGGAAAUUCGGGCUUCACAUCAUUUAUGUAUUAUAUCUAACGGCCAGGAUGAUGAUGAUGAUAAUGAUGAUGUCAAGGGGAAAGAGAUGAAAGUGUUGCUAAUACAACAAAAUUGAAAACGGAAAUCAAACAAAUUUAUAAGUGCAUGUGCGUGUGUUUAUAAUGCCGAAAUAUAAGCAAAAACAAGCAACAAGAAAUAAAUCCCACAACAAUUCACCAUUGAGAGAGUAAACGACAAGAAAAAGUAGAAGAAGAAAAAAAAGAGAAAGAACAUACUAUAUACUCUAUAUAACAAUAGCCCCCAAGUCGAGCACUUUAUUUAACGACAAACGAUUUAGAAAAAACAGCAAAGCGGCAACAAAACAUUUACACUUGGAAAAUGGCUGACCUGGAACGCAUAAGACUCGUACUUUUGGGCGGGGCUGGUGUGGGCAAAAGUUCCAUUGUGAAACGUUUUCUAUUCAAAACCUACACGGACAAAUAUCGUGCCACUGUCGAGGAUCUUUACAAUCGCGAAUAUGACCUGGGCGGUGUCACACUAAAGGUGGACAUUUUGGACACAUCCGGUGAUAUGCAAUUCCCCGCCAUGCGACGCCUCUCCAUUGCCACGGCACAUGCCUUCAUGCUGGUAUAUGCGGCAACAUCGGCGCCAAGUUUUCAGUGUGUAAAGCAAUGCUUUGAGGAGAUACGUGAACAGCGUGGUGAUUUUCAGGACAUUCCCAUUGUCAUUGCUGGCAACAAAGCCGACUUAGCCACCACCCACAGAGAGGUCAAACAGGAAGAAGUGACUGAUUGGGUUUUCUGCGAACUGCCGCGUUUAAGGGCCAAAGUUUUAGAGUGCUCGGCCAAAGAGGACACCAAUGUUACAGAAUUGUUCAAGACCCUGCUAUCCCUCUCCCGUUUCCUGCCAGCCAGCAGUAGCAGCGGAAAUGGAGCCGCCGGCGAGGCAGCGCCCAGCGGUUUCAAGCGUCGCUCUUCGGCCUAUGUCAGUGCAUCGUCCAGUCGCAAUAAAAAUCGCAUGAACAGUCCUUCGGUUAGCUCGGGUAUGGGUGAUAAAAAGUCAUCCAGUUUGGUCGAUGCUGUCGAUGUGGCAAGCACAAGUGCUGAAGCUAAACUGAAGCCGCGUUCCAGAUCACUCAUACGCCGUGCAUCACGCAAGACCAAGCAGCAAAUCAACAAUGCAUCCGAUGAUUGCAAUUUGCAGUAAAAUUCCGUUUUUAUCCUGUUAGCUGUAAUUAUGUUUUCUAAUCAUAAUUAUUAUUAUCAACUAUAAUUACUAAAAUUACGAUUAUUAUUACAAUAAGCGAGAGUUAAUUAAUGUAUGUCUGUAUGUGUCCUUGUGUGUGUGUGUGUGUGUGUAAACAAAAACUGUUAUGCCAAUAAUGGCCAAGUUCAUAAACCACAAAACGUUGCUCAAAGGCACACAUAAACAAGAAAAGAAACAACAAA